AUGACUGGUUUUUCUAAACUUCUGCCCGUGCAAAAGUUUCGAGCUGCGAUCAACCGCAGAAAGGCGGGCGCCAAGGUCCAAUCUCGCGACCUGCCGGGGUCCUCCUCUUCUCUGGGCUUGACCCAUGCCGAUCCUCCCAUCCCUUCCCCGUGGGGCCUCCCAGUCGAGAUUCAAAUCCAAAUCUUUGGUUACUGCGGGACUGCCGAUUAUCUCCCGCUGAGACUCGUCUGCAGGCCCUUCAAUGAGCUCCUCACAAGACACGAACACGAGAUUGUACGGCAAUACCUCCGCCAGCGCCGUCAUGGAACUCUCCCCUCGCCAAUCGACCACGAGCGAACCUAUACCCGCAAUCCGGAAGACGAUGUGCUCUUGCUAUCCGACCUUUUCCCUCCAUCGAAGAGUGCUAGAGGGGGCCAUCUUUAUACAUUUCGGUACCUGAACGGCCUUCGGCAAAGACAGAAGCAAUCUUCAAAGCUUUGCUACUAUCUCGCAGACCGCAUCAUGGACCGGUUCGUCCAAACCGAUCCAAUUUUCUUGAGAACCUCUUUUCCCUCAAAGAAAACAGAGCGGACUGCCCUGAUGAAGCGAGGGAAAGUUAGCAUAUGGUUCCAUCUGGCGCCAAUAAUGUACUACAUCUUGUACUACCUCGAGUCGUACAUGUCUGCUAGACGGGAGAAUACCAACAUGCUUCUCCGCGAAUACGAAGCCGGCCGUCUCACCGUGCCUAUCACCCUUCGCACGCGCCAGCAGAUGUACCACGACAUCCAAACGCGGAUACUCCAAAAUCCCCCCUUCACAAAUACAACAGCCCUGCUUGCGACCCAUCAUUGCAUGCAUCUGCUAGUUUCUUACAUCCGGUACACGAUGGGGUCAGAGACUGAGAUAGACGAUUCAUGGAUCAGCUCGCUGCUCACGGUAGCGCCGUUCGGGCGCAUUGUCGAAUUCUUUUCCGCUGAGAUUGGUGACGGGGGCAAUCAGCGCAUGCAACGGAAGGAAUUCAUGUAUAACUUCCAUCAUGAUAUGACGGCGCAUAGGAAAGAUCAUAUGAACUCGGUUAUCUUCGGUCGGUCUUCAGACCAAAAUAUCCACACCUCGGUCAGAGAGCUCUGGUUCGAUGCGGCCCGGACGGAGCUGGCCUCUAGACAAGCACUUCCUCACGAGAUUGAAGUUGCUUGGUCGCCAAUAUUAAUUCCCAAUUGGAAAACUCUCCAGCCAUGGCGCAAGCAUCCCCAGCCCAGCUAUUCAAUACAUCGUGGACUCUGCACCGUCUUUCCCCCCCUCCACCACGGAAAAGACUGCGAGACCCUCCUGAACAACCCAACCGCAUUAAAAGUCUAUGCGACGCGAUUACGCGACCAACUGACAGGCGACGUGCUCGCUGGUCUACAUGCGAACGCAACCACAGCAGAAAACGAUGUGCUGUCAAAAGCAGGCGCGCUCAAAAACUGCCAGUGGCUUCCAAUCUCCACAGAGCCCCAGUCCAACGGACACGCCACUUUUCCGGGGAUUCUGAUCACGCUGGAAUAUGAAAAUACCACAUAUAAAGCUGCUUUACUUGCAGGGCCAGAGGCAGACGCGGAAUCCCGCUCAGAUGGUCAUCGCGAGGGCACGACUUCACUCCCAUUGCUUUUGACGAAAUUCCCAAGUGCUCUGCGACAGACCUUUCUCUCAUUCUUAUCGGCUAAUUUCGACACCUACUGUUCAACCCUUCAUCUGCCAUCGAGUUUUCUGUGCUCUGGAAUGGAGUCUUUCAUAGAGAGUCUGCGGGGUACAGGCUCACGGACUACUACGAAUGAUGACACUGUUGAAGAAGUUGUCAAAGACCUCCAACUCACCCUUGCCUUCUCACAAUCGAUUGCACCAGCGCUACGCUCUCUAAACGUCAAUAUUUCUCGAACCUCGCUGAAGCAAUUCUUGAGUGUAGAUAGCGCGGAAUCAAAGGGCCGCACUCUCAAACAGAAGCUCCGCAGCCCUUUCAUUCCAAAUCUGAGCUCUUAUUUGGAAACGCAUCUCGCAAUGAAAUUAGAUCUGGAUGGCUCGGCUCAGAGCCAUGGGGCUGAACGACAUGUCCGGCUAUCGAAAGUUGCGUGUGCUGCUUUCGCCUUGGGUAUUGAUGGGCGGAUGAAGUUGACUGUCGCCAACCAGGUCGAUGAUGACGAAGGGAUAUCACCUGCUCAACAGGCAUGUGAAAUGUUGCUCCAGGCGACGAUUCGCAAGGCUGUCAUUGGGGACCAAGCGGCGACAUGA